UUUUAACAUUGCCACAUUGCCAAGUUUCUUUUCAUCUUCUUAAAGCAAACUUCAAAGCUCAGUGUCGCCAACAUUGCAACCAACGUCAAAAUUUGACAGUUAAGUUUUUUAGGUUAAAUGUUCUCAUAAAUAUGCGUUUAACGUAUUUCAGAACUCUAUUGUAUAGAGGAACUUUCAGAUUGAGCCAAAACACGAAUAAAAACAUAAUGACGUCGCCCAGGAAUAUGCAAGAGGUUAUGGAAGAGUUGAAACACAACCCGUACUAUGACAAAUACGCAAAGAAAAUUGAUAAAUUGCAGAAAGUCGCCCCCGACGAGUUUUCAUCUCGUGUGGAAACAAUCGCUAAAACACCAAAGGCGAAAAUUGAACCCACCAAGGAAAGGCAAUUCACGCAGUUGUUAAACCCAAAACAAAAGAUCGUGGAACCUGUGGAAGUUCCUGAAGCUGCUUUGGACAAAAUCAUGAAAGUUGAAUUGAUUCAAGAUAAAACUGCUGAAGAGAUCAAAGAAAUAUGGCAUCAAUAUCACAUGGAUAAGGAGUUUAUAUCGGCUACAAUUCCAACCAAGGAGUUUAAUAAAUUGAUUGAAAAGGGCAAGAAAUACCCCUUAUUUCUUUUACCAUUGCCGAGAAGUCAAGGUUAUGAGUUUAUCAUGAUGCAAUUUGAGAGAAACUCGGUACAUUUUACACCAUUAUUGCAUUAUCAAGUUCAUAAAGAAAAUGCUCCGGAAUGUCUUACUAUCCACCAUUACACUGAAUUUAAGGACUCUAAAGGUGUGGUGCUUAUGAGGGGUGAAUAUGAUAAAAAUGUAGUAGAUGCAAAGGAAGCGCAAUGCCUGGCUAAUUUACUCAAACUGUAUUACUGUGAAGAAGAUCCCGAUAAAAAUAAGUUACUCGAAGUUUUUACAACCAAACCUGACGAGUUUAAACAUCAAGAUUUAAUUAAAAACUUUGAGAGUAUAACUUUGUAGUAAUUAUGUGUGGUAUUGUAAAUAAAUUAUGCUGUUAUAAAUA